CAUAACAGCACAAACAGAAACAAGAAAUUCGUCAUCUUAUCAGAAGACACCAUCAAUUUCAAUAAUUUUCAAUCAAAUACUCUCAAAUCUUAAAGAUUUAUUUUAUUUUAUAUUUUCCUUAAAUCUAACAACAAAUUAAACAAAAUGAAUCGUUUAUUUGGAAAAGCAAAACCCAAAGUUCCACCACCAAAUAUUAAUGAUUGCAUUGCUGGGAUUGAUACUCGAGCGAAUAGUAUUGAAGAAAAAGUUAAUAAAUUGGAAGCUGAACUACGCAAAUAUCGUGACCAGAUGAGCAAAAUGCGUGAGGGUCCGGCCAAGAACUCUGUCAAGCAGAAAGCAAUGCGAGUUCUGAAACAAAAGAAGGCUUAUGAACAACAAAUUGAGAGUCUCCGCAAUCAAUCAUUCAACAUGGAACAAGCCAAUUAUGCUGCUCAAACUCUGAAAGAUACCAAUGCCACAGUAAUUGCCAUGAAAGAUGGGGUCAAACAAAUGAAGAAAGAGUUCAAGAACAUCAACAUUGAUAGCAUUGAAGAUAUUCAUGAUGAUAUGGCUGAUAUGUUGGAGGAAGCCGAUGAAGUCCAACAGGCAUUGGGACGUACUUACAACAUGCCAGAGGUCGACGAUGAGGAACUCGAAUCAGAAUUAAUGGCAUUGGGUGAUGAAAUUGCUUUGGAUGAUGAUACAAGCUACUUGGAUGAUGUUGUCCGAGCUCCAGCAGCCCCUGACCGUGAACCUGGCGCAGAUAGCCUUAAACCAACAGCAACGGGCGGAAUCGAAGUAGACGAAUUUGGCUUGCCAAAAGUACCAACUUCUCUCAAGACCUAAUAAACCAAAAAUAUUUCGAAUGUUUUUUUUUUAUUUUUUUUUUUCUUAUAUUUUCACAGCUUGUUGAUCAAAAAUUCAAUUUUCUUGCAAUACUAAAAAAUUAAUACUAAAAGCAGUUCUUUAUAUUUUAUCUAAUUUUAAGUUUGAAUAUCAUUUAAAAAUGUAAUAAACGUUCUUAAACUAAAAA